AUGCGAUUGAAUAUCUUGCGGCGAGGUGAAGGGUUAGGAGGAAGAGGAUUGGAAAGUGGUUUUGGUGGUGGUAGGGUCGGGGCUUUCAUGAUUUGUCUGUUAUGGGGGACUACGGCACUGGGUAUGAAGAUCGAUACAAGGCAACUGGGAAAGAGGGAGCCAGAACCACAGAGAGCGCGGGUAACAGAGUGGAUUACUGUGACUAUGCAAGGUGGAUGGAGAGUAACAGAGUAUUCGACGACAACAAUUACGCCAACUGCCACCGCAAAGACAGCUAUCGUCACGAUGACAAGCAUUAUCACGACUGGAACGACAGUAACGAAUACUGUUACAGCUACAACUACUACUGUGACGCCGACAAUAGAGACUACCACUACGCCCAUUGAAUCAACCGCUCCAACAACGGCUACUACGACUUCUACUGCACAGAUAGCCACUACUUCUACUUCUACUUCUACUCCUACUUCUAUUUUUACUUCUGCUUCUGCUUCUCAGAUAAUUGAAACAACUAGCGCAAACAUAAAUACAAUAGUCGCAACAACAACAACAGCAACAACAGGUGCAGGGACACCAGUAUCACAAUCUGGAGCAACAUCACAAACCGGAGCAGUAUCACAAUCUGGGGCAGUAUUGCAGUCUGGAGAAAUAGUGGCAGCAGUUGGUGCGGAAACACCGCCAGCAAAAAAUGUGAACAUAGCUACAAUCACAGACAUCGUCACAGGCGCUCCCCUAUCCACCAAUACAGUCAUCGAAAUCGUCGCCCCAACCACCACAACAAAGUCCUGGGGCCAAGGCGCGCCCGUCCUGCGACGCCAGGACGCACAAGAAACCAUAACCCUUACAGCAACCAACUGGGACUGGACAGACGGGGUAACAACCUCCGUAGUCACCGUCUAUGCAACCCCCACAAAUGCCCAGACUAGUACGGCGGCACCUAUGACGGUAACAACAACUAUGAUAUCGACCCAGGUCAGCACAUGGACAACCCAGCAGACGGUAACAGCAACCGCAACCCCCUCCGCAUCCGCAACGGCGGUGCCAUCAUCAAUUGCAGUGGACGAUACGCCAACUAUUGGAGGCGCGAGUCCCAAAACGCCAAAUGUGGAGGUUAUAGUCGGUGCAUGUUUCGGUGCGCUGGUAGGCUUUAUUGGGAUUUUUGUGCUGGCAUAUCUAUGGUCGAAAAAACGGCGGGAUGAGAAUCUCAGGAAGGAAUCAGUGGGUUUCUCAAACGGAAGUUUCCUUAGAUCUAGUCCGGGAGCUGGCUCAGGCGUUAGAGGAAUGAUCGGAUCUCUCCGACGUGGACCCUCCACCAGAUACAACAACAUCCCGAGCGGCGAGUCCAUGCCCAAUAUGUCCCCCCUACCAGUUCCCCCGCACAGCCCUCCACCACAGCUCCCCCAGCUCCGGGUCAUGCCGCCCUCAGGAGAAUUCAACUACGAGUAUACCUUUGGCUCCCCAGUGUCUUCGAUUGGUGAAGCGCAGUUACACGCACUUACUUCCGGCGCAAUCAGUCCGCCGGUAAUGGAAAAUCAACAAGAUGAAUUGUUUUUUAGUCUUCCGCGCCAGGAGAGUGAGCAGCCGCCGUGGAGUUCGCCCGUGGUGGAGCGGGUAGCUGUGGCAGAGACGGUGGUCAGCAGUGUGAGUGCGCAGAGCGCGCAGAGCGCACAGAGCAAUGAGCCGACAGCUUCAACAGUAUCAGGGUCACAAAGCCCGACGAGGAAGCCUGUACCGACAGCGGCGGAUUAUUUAGUUUCGCCUUGA